UCAUGGUUGAGACUGUAGCUGCCUGUGUUCAGUUUCAGCUAUGGUAUCGAUUUGUUUUUCUUUUAUACACAGUCCAUAAACGGUAUGCUAUGGAAGUAAUAAUAGUUUGUAAAUACACGUAGAAGAUUUUUUUUAAAAAAAGAUGACUUGCUCUGGAACUAAACCCGACCUAUUUCGUUGGAAGAGGAUCACUAAAAAUAAAAAAGAAAGUCUAAAGCCUCAGUUAAACAAUGAGGACAUUGGUCACUGGAUUAAGAGGGUUGAGCAAGCCUCAGAAUUUGCUGUCUCAGAAGUGUUUUCAAUCAAGAAGCCCACUGUAAAUAGAAAUGCAAGGGGGCAUGCAAUGGCACUCAAGAGCAUCGACCAAUUGCACGAUCACGAUGAUGCCUAUGCAGAAGCUCAGGAACUGCUGAGUGACUGGAUGAACUCUAAGCUCCGUCUGGAGCUCGAGAUUGAUGAAGAAGAUGGGUUGGUGGAUAGAACAACUCCCGAGCCUGCCCCCAGCAAACCACAAACUCCACCUUUUCUAAGAUACAACAAGUUUGAUGACCUCUACAGCCAUCUAGAACAGGAGGUAGAGAGUUCCACAGCUCACAGAUUUCUGCAGGAGCUCAUGGAGAAGGAAGUGAUGGAUUCUGGGAUACUGGAAGACCUCAGAAUGGAUAAGGACAAAGCGACAAAGCGAAGAAAAGACCCACGUCUGACCAUGGAGAUGAGGCACCAGCAGGUAAAGGAGAACCGUGCAAGGCGGCAGGCUGAGCUGGAACAGGUGCGGAAGGAGAAGGCCCUGAAGAGAGAUGUGCAGGCCGAGGCGCAGCGCCUGCUUCAGGAGGAGGAGCGCAGGAGGCUGCUGGAGGCUCGCAGGCAAGAGGAGGAGAUCCAGAGAGAGGUGGUGCGACUGCGCAAGGAGAUGGCUGACAAAAAGAGCAUCACAGACCAGGCCAGACACAUGGAGCGGGAGAGACUGGAGAGGAGGCAAGCCCUGGAGAGAGCUGCUCCGCCCCUGACAGAUGUGACAGGUGUGCAUCUCCAGACACAGAGGGAGCAGCUCGAAGCAGAGAGACUGCGCAAGCUGCAGGCCGAGACCAGGGUUCAAAUCCACAACCUGAGGUGUGUGCAGAAGCACUUCUCAGGCUGGUACACACUGGUCCUAGAGCGCAGAAUGAAGAUGGGCAAGGCAGGGGCACUCUCUGAUUGGAGGAGUCAGCUGCGGGCGUUCCGGGCCUGGCAAGCGUACAUGUGGACCAGAAGAGCAGAGCGAGAGGCCCAGCUCACUGAGGCCCAGCUGCGGGAUGACAACAGAAAGCAGCAGCUGGCUACAGAGAGUGACCGGCGUCGAGUUCUGCGGCACUGCCUGACGGAGUGGCAACUGUGGUGCAAAGCAGAGAGAGAGAAACGCGACCUGGGUGUGAAGAAAGAGGAGACCAAGAGGAAAAUGGCUGCUUUGCUGGACGCGGCUUCCACAGGAAAACUCUGGACUGAACGAUCAUGUGACGGCGGGGCUAAAUCACAGCAUGCCCAGAAUGAUUCCUCAGCACAGAAAGCAGUUCUGAAGUUAAAGAACCCUGAUUCAGCCUCUUCCUCCACAAAGUCGAAGCCUAAGCAUGCAUGGCAGGUAACCAAAAAGCAUGCUACCUUGAACGCAGAGGAGCUCAGCAGAGUCAGGGAGCAGGCCACCGAUUUGGGAACAUUAGUUCCCAGCACUGGUCUAAAGAAAAAGCUGGAUUUGCAUGGAAGCAAUUUCGAGAACCGCUACGACUUUCAGCAGCACAUGAUAGAGGAGCAGAAGAAGCAGCUUCUAGAACAGAAGGGGAUGAUUCUAGAACUGCAGGAGAACCAGCGGCUGCUGAUGCUCAAGCAGGAGGCUGAGCGUGCCACAGCUAUGACCAAGGCCCUGUCCAACCCAGGACAGAAACAUGCACUAAGCACACCUAGCAGAGCAAGUGGAGACCAUCAGUCAGGAACACGAACAAUAGAGGAGUCAAGCUCACCUCCUCCAUUGCGGACACUUGGGCACAGUCUCCCAGACGAAGCUAAGGGCAACUUGUCUAGUUUUAAAGGAGUCCCUAGUCACACAGCUUCUCCUCACCCAACUGUUAAAGCUAUGGAAGAGCGUGCAAAGCAGAGAGCAGAAAGGAGAAGAGAAAUUGAAGAGAUGAAGAGAAAACGGGAGGAAGAGAAGUUGGCUGAGCUGCAAGCUGCAGAGGAGGAGAGGCAGAGGAAAGAGGAGGCUGAGAAACAAGCCCUGCUGGAGAAGAAGCGCGAGGAGAAGAGACUGCAGAAACAGAAAGAGUUGGAGAAACAGAAGAGUUUGGAGAGACAACAGCAGCUGCAGACGAAAGCGGACGAGCACUAUCGGAAAUUCUUGCUGAAAAACCGAGGCCUGAAACAAUGGAAACAGCUCCUGGAACACUCCAAGCACAACAUGCAGUUGGCUGAAGGUCAUCACGGCUCCUCACUCCUCAGAAGGUGUCUUCUUUCCUGGCAGCAGAUUGCAAUUAACUCCCUCUCUGAGAGGACAGCCAGUGCUGCAGAGCUCUAUCACCACAUCCUGCUCAGGAGGUGCCUUGGCAACUGGUUAAAGUGCAAGAAUUACACUUCGAUAUUAGAAGAGAAAGCUGUCCGGUUCUACAAAGCGUCUUUAGUGAGGAAGACGUUCCUGGCUUUACUCAAUUACAUCACAGAGGAGAAGAUUGCUAUGUGGGACAAGCAGAAGAUUGCUGCAGAACACAAUCAGAGCCUGUAUUUCCAGGAGGAUUGUUCUGACCACCUUCCGGACGUGGCGGAGAUACCCCAAAGUGAUGAACGAAGAGAAACAAAAGGAGGAGAGGAGGGAGAAGCUCCGCAAGAGAGUGUCUGAGAUUCUCCCCGACUUCAGCACCUAGAAAGUCCGGGUUAAGACAAAUGCACAAGGCUGCUGCUUCUGCUUCUGAGAAUUUUACUCGCUGUUAGAUUCACAAGGAGUUCCUGGGAUAGGAGCUUCAUGUGAGAGCAUAAUGGAACAGGAUUCGUAUAUUGGCCUUUUUCAUGAAUAUUUUAGAAGGUCAUCAUGCUUAUUCUGUGUAUUCAUUUAAAGAGUCACUGACAUGUGCUUAUGUGGAGUAAAAACCUUGAUAAAUGCGUCCCUAUGUGCCUUAAAACGUGUUUCUAAAUCAGCAGUAAAAGCUGUAUUGUAGGACGACCUCAUUUGCAUUCUCCCUAUAACUGUCCCAAUGGAGCAUGAUUUGGAAAACCAAAGGUGCUUGUAUGUAUAAACUACAGAAUUUAAAAAAAAAGUUUUCUAAGUGGUUCUGUGCAUUUCACAUCAUAUCCUAGAAAUAUGGAAUUCAAUGUAAGAAACGUCAUGAUAAGGCUUAAUGAAUAUCGGUUUCCUAAACCUAGGGUGAGACAUACUGUUUAAUCAGUAUGUUCGUUUCAGUGAAAGAUUACAGAUUCAAACUGUUGAAGUUAAGGAUUAUAUUUUAUGUAUCACAAUGACUGGCAGAACAUUGGGUCUAUGUUGCAUCUUAUGUGUUGAACUUCUUACCCACAUUUUAGCACUAGCACUUUGUGAUUCAGCGUGUUGCUUAAAACAGCAGCCCACUAUAGUUGGUAAUUGGUAAUUUUGACACAGCGUCAAGUGAAAAAUAACUUCUCAGCUUGCCCGAGGAGUGUGAAUUUUGGGCUCUGAUUUGUUGGAGGACAUUCGCUAUGAGUCGAUGAGGUGAAGGAACAAUUUGAGGAUGAAAUGUUGAGUGUUGGAAAUAUGCUUCGUGAACAGUUGAUGGUUAUGCUGGCUGAGCUCCGUGCUACAGUAUCUGGCAAAGACGAGACCUAAUAGGCAUUAAGAAAAACAGAGGAUGUAUGAUUUUAUUAUUGAAAAUAAACUGGCAGCACACUUGUUUUGAUUUUAGAGUUCAUAUUUUUUAUUGUUUCAUAGAAUCAGAGACUUAUCUUUACAUUUAUUAAAAAUAAAUUAAUAUAGACGAAAAAGUACAAAUGACAAGAAGUCAACACCAGUGGGCAAAACGAUGCCUCGAAACCAGGGUUGUACACACAAUGCCAUCGUACCUAACCUGCAACCAGGAUACUGGUGCAGCAGUAGAGGAACUAGAUUCAUUCCAAUCUAGUAAAAUGUGCCAUCAACCUCUGCUUUUGUGACACUUGAUGCAUCUGUAUUUAUAAUGAGAGCUUAUUUUACAUUUUGGAAAAAUUAGUCAGUUUAAAAAAAAAAAAAAAAAAAAACAGGACCAUUUGUCAACAUUAGUUUUAGUGGUUUAUUUAUCAGUUAAACUACUUUAUUCCUGAGGCUUAGUAACCUGGCUAAUGUGGAUCUGCCACACCAAUUAUUACUGUAUUUAGUGUCACUGUAUUUAUUUAUUUAUUUUUUUUAUUAGCUCGUACGUUCUCACAGUGAUUAUACUUUCUGAACUGGCCUGAAUGAAUAAAUAAGUAUAUGCGUGCAAAAGUUAUUUAACUUCCAAACAUAUUAUUAAUAUGACUUUGCAGUCUCCAACCAUUUAAAAUGUUAACACAGUUAAAUAUAUUGCACUUGAUUAAACAUAUUAAAAUAUAU